GGUCUCGCUUCGCUAUCAAAACCACACAAAGCCAUGCUCCGUCUGCGUCUCGCCUCGAUCGCAGUGGCGUCUGCCGCUCGGACGAGUGUGCGCGCCAUGCACACGCACAGCAGUGCACCAAGCAUCAGCGCCGCCACCGCACGGAGCGCUGGGGUCGCUGCCCAGCCCAUUGCCAUGGCUCCUGCUGCUGGACGCUCAGUGACCACUCGUGCUGCAGCAGAGCAGACGCCCGAAGGCCAGCGCGCACUGGCGACCAUGAAGUCAAUGCUGUCUGCCACUGCCAACAACGCAAGCCUGAGCACGGCCAUGCGCGCAAAGUCAACGUCUGCACCAGCGACCGCUUCGAGCAUGCUCUCCAUCCCACUGACGGAAGCAUGGCCCAACGCCCCCAAGCCAGAGUAUGUCGCUGCAUCAUCUGGAUUGCAGUCACCUGCACAGUGCACCGUCCUUCCCAACGGCCUUCGGGUGGUAUCAAUUGAAGCGGCUGGUCACAUUUCUGCCGUCGGUGCCUUUGUUCACACUGGCUGCCGUUACGAGACAGAGGAGUAUUUGGGAGCGAGUCACUUUUUGGACCGUUUGGCAUGCCGUUCUACCAAGCGCCGUUCCGCAGAGGACGUUGAGCGUGAAACGGAAGCUCUCGGUACCAACCCACACUGCAUUACAUCACGAGAGAAUGUGGUUUAUAGUGCCAUUUCGUUCAGCAGCGAGUUGCCGCAGCUGAUUGACCUUGUAGGCGACCUUGUGUGCAACCCUCAGCUGACUCAAGAUGAGGUUGAACUCGCUCGCCAGACAAUCGAGUUCGAGUACAAGACAGCACCUGAUCUGCACGAUCGCAUCCUUAUUGACAAAUUCCACGAAGUUGCUUUUGGCGGAAGUGCGCUGGCCGCAGGCUUGAACUGCCCGCAAAGCCGCUUGCCGCUCAUGACACGCGACAAACUUCUCGCCUUCCGACGAAGCCACAUCAUUGCCCCGCGCACGACCGUGGGUGUGCUGGGCUCGAUGAAGCAUUCCGAGGUCGUCGAGCUUGUGUCGCGCCACUUUGCCAAUCUUCCAACUCACCCUCCAUCGGCCGCGGAGUUGGAGCAAAUUCUCAAAGGGCAAGAGCCAGUGCCCACUCCACCCUCCAGCGCGGCGACUGUCACCCCACCCCAAGAUCUGGCCGACGUCACGCGUGAACGCGCGGCGCGGUACUCUGGCGGGUUUGCCUUCAUCCGCCAUCCGCCUCACACCAACCCGCUCUUCCGCAACUUUGUCCAGCUCAUGCUCGGAUUUGAAAUUCCUGGCUGCACCAGUGAGGAAUGGGCCGAGCUCGCAUUGCUCCAUGUCAUCUUGGGCGGCGGCAACACCUUCUCUGCUGGCGGCCCUGGCAAGGGAGUCCUGUCCCGCCUGUACGCCGAUGUGCUGCACGCCCACCCGAAGGUGGAGAAUGCGAUUGCCAUUCUGAGCUCGUACUAUGACACGGGCGCGUUCUCUCUCCACAUCAUGUGCCAGCCCGACUACGCCGAAACUGCCGUGCAAAUUCUCGCCUACCAGGCUUUCCGCGUCUCUCGCGACAUUCAAGUUUCAGAGUUGCAGCGAGCCAAGAACCAAGUCAAGUCGCUGCUGCUCAUGGCGUACGAGUCCCGUCCUCUGCUUCUUGACGAUGCUCUCCGUCACCAGGCAGUCUUUAAAAAGUCCGUGUCUGUUGCCGAAAUUUGCGACAAGAUUGACAAGGUGACGCCUGCCAAUGUUAUGGCCGUUGCUGCCAAGAUGUUAACCAGCAAUCCCACAUUUGUGGUGAUGGGCGACGAGCAAUAUUUGCCGCCCUCAUCGGUCGAGUACAUUCGACGAACCUUUCCCCUGCGCAAGUAGAGGAGGAGUACACAGCAGUAGGCAAGCUUGAUCCAAGUUUGGGUCUUUGCUGAACCUCUUACAUCAAAUGGUUUUGUUUGAAUACAGACUCGAACAAAUGAAUGGUUUGCAUGAUAAUACAGACACGCACCCGUCCAAAGUUGGUGUGGGGGGUGCUUUGAAAAAAUGAA